AUGGGAGUAGGUGUAUUUGGGUGUGUAUUCAUGGGCAUUUUGCCAGAUGGUCGCCCAGUCGCUGUCAAGAAGCUCAAGAUUGGGAAUGGGCAAGGUCAUCCACGUAUUAUUCAUAGGGAUAUUAAAUCAUCCAAUAUUUUAUUGUAUAACAAUUUUGAAGCUCAGGUUUCUGAUUUUGGACUUACAAGGUUAGCGGCUGCUUACAAUACACAUGUCACCACACGUAUAAUGGGGACAUUUGGCAAUGUUUUUAAGGCGGUAAGGCGAGGCGUGGCGAGUGACUACCGCCUUACGCUUAGGCGACUAAAGCGAAGAAAACCUGUUGAUGCUUCUCAGCCAUUGGGAGAUGAAAGUCUGGUCGAAUGGAAGCCCCAAGCCCACAACACCAUCAGGUCCUCUCCAAGCAUUCAGUUCUUUGCUGGUCUGCAAUCGUUAGUAGCCCCAACACCAUCAGGCCACGAGAGCCUAAGUAAAAGGAACUUCCGAAUGGAAGUUAGUGUUUUCCAAGCUUUGGUCAAUAAGUUGCGUGAGAAGCAACCACUUGUUGCUGCGCCACUUGUCUGCUCGCCGCAUCCAUCCCCCACCCCCAAAUCCUCCUCUUCCAUGGCUACAACCUGCGAGCGGCGAGACCCUGCGGCAGCCUGCGGGCUACGGCGCGCAGCAAAGCUGGGGCUGCGGCGAGCGGCGCGCCGGCAGCAGCUGCCGCUGGGGCCUCGGCCCUCGGGAUGCCGUGCGGUUGCAUGGGGAGGUCCGCCUCCGACUCAAGUUUUAGAUGGGGAAAAGUACUUGCAGGCAGAUGGGGGAAAAGGAAAGUACCUGGACGACGGAGGAACACGCGGAUGCAUGGAUCCGUACGGCGUUGUGGCUGCGAGUGCUGGACUAGGUGGCCGGGGAUGGGGUCCGCGGAUUCGGUCGCCGACGUUAUGGCUGCUGGAUUUGGGGGUCACGAGGCUGAAGCGCGAGGUCGAAAGUGGAGGGGAGGCAGGCGCUAGUGCCGAGGAGGCCCCCGUUUCCGAGAAGGAUCUGAGGGAGCUCUGGGGAGUGUUUCUCGACAAUGCCCUUGACGCAUUGUGCAUAGGCGUCUCGAGGCAGAUCCCCUUGGACGUGGGUUUCAGCGCGGAUGUACUCCUAUGGCUGUGGCGGGAUGUGCAGCUUGCCCAUUUGGACGCCGUGAAGACACUUGUCGCGGAAGGUGAUCUUGAUGGUGCUGCUGGCCAUCUCCAGUUUCUUUGCCUUGGUCAUGGACUGGAGGAGGAUGAGUACAGUAAGCUUUUUAUGGCCCGUAGUAGCAGCAUAUGCAAACUGGUAACGAGCUUCUCAGAAAGGGAUGGGCAAAAGCUUUAUGGAGGAGCUUGGUCUGAGUUGGAGGAUAGAAUAACUAAAUUAUAUGGAGCAGCUAUUCAGUCUACUAGUCCCCAGCUCGUGCAACUCGUUCAGUGGAAGUUUGAGAACAUUUUCAUUCGCAGAAAUUUUAGUCCUUCAAUGUUGCGUAUCCUGAAUUUAUUUGCAUUUUAG